UCUGGUUUCCACACACACAACACGUCACACCUCCCGACGCCCUGCAGAGCUCUGCUGUGACAAGCUCUUUACUUUUCUAGCUAAAAUCUGUCCUUCCCGAUUGAUUUGCUACAUAACACACGACAACAACACCACAGAAACUGAGCAGCACCAAAGCGCUCCGCCAAACAACAGCCAAGAUGACGCUCUACUACACCUUGGUAUUUCUGCUCCUUGUGGCAGAAAUGCUCCUCUUCAUGCUCCUCAUCAUGCCAUUGCCUUUCUCGAUGCGCAGAAAGGUGUUCACCUUCAUCUCCGAGAACCCCAUCGUGGCUAAGGUCCAGUACUGGAUGAAGAUUACCUUCAUCUUCAUCCUGAUCCUCUUCAUCGACAGCGUCAACCGUGUCUACCGCGUCCAAGUCGAAUUGGCGGCCGCCACCGAAAACACAGGCGCAUCCGCGCCGGCCAUCAUGGGUCACGAGCGUCUCGAAGUGCAGGCCCGCAAGUUCUACUCGCAGCGCAACAUGUACCUCUGCGGCUUCACCCUCUUUCUGUCGCUGAUCCUCAACCGGACCUACACCAUGAUCCUCGACGUGCUGCGCCUGGAGGAAAAGCUGAAGCAGUACGAGGGCACCGAGAAGAACACCAAGCAGGCCGAGAAGCUGGCCAUGGCCGGCGACGCGGGCGAGAUCUCCCGCCUCAAGCGCGAGGUCGAGCUGCGUGACCAGGACAUCGCCACCCUCAAGAAGCAGGCCGCCGGCCUGCACCGGGAGUAUGACGCCCUGGCCGAGAAGUACGGCCGCACCCAGGAGGACGGGUCGUCGAAGAAGGACAAAUAGGAGACUGACCUCUGGCACGACCUUGACUUGCUGGGCAAGGCCACCGCGGUGGAGGAGAAGGAGGGCGACACCCCGAGACAUCGGAAGCCGGCGCCGUCAAACAUCUGGUCGCCUCAGCUGCCAGCUUAACCGACCCCGGAUAGCUGAUAGACCACGCAUUGGUCGCGGAUUGGCCUAAACGCGGGGGUAACGGAAAAAAAUAUCGGAGACGAAAGAUGAAGGCGGGAGGAGCACAACGGGCGGGGGCGAGGGGCAUGGAAGGUGUGUAUGAAUCGAUAAUUGCGAGUUGGAGCGAGAAAUCGGGCAUCUGUUUACUUAGCCAAGUGUUUGCUAGCUAGCUCCAUGGAUAUGAUUCCAGUACCAGAGGC